UUUGCAGAGAAGCUGAAAUACUGUAGUGUACCGUUGGGCAGGACAAGUGAGGAAUGAACCAGCCUUGGGAAAGAGGACCUGCCAUCCUAGCUGGAGACGUCUGAAGAGAGGACGUUUUAGUCUUGUGGCAUGCUUCAGUAGAAAUUAUUCAGAAAAAGAUGGCUGGCUGUGGCGAAAUAGAUCAUUCAAUCAACAUGCUUCCCACAAACAGGAAGACAAAUGAGUCGUGUGCUAACGCGGCACCUUCCCUGACAGUCCCCGAAUGUGCUAUCUGUCUGCAAACAUGUGUCCAUCCAGUAAGUCUGCCUUGUAAACACGUUUUCUGCUAUCUGUGUGUGAAGGGAGCUUCUUGGCUUGGGAAACGGUGUGCACUCUGCCGGCAGGAGAUUCCAGAGGAUUUCCUUGACAAGCCAACCUUAUUGUCGCCAGAAGAACUCAAAGCAGCAAGCAGAGGCAAUGGAGAAUACGCCUGGUACUAUGAAGGUAGAAAUGGUUGGUGGCAGUAUGAUGAACGUACCAGCAGAGAGCUGGAAGAUGCCUUUUCCAAGGGUAAAAAGAGCACUGAAAUGCUAAUCGCUGGGUUUUUAUACGUAGCAGAUCUUGAAAAUAUGGUUCAGUACAGGAGAAACGAGCACGGACGCCGCAGAAAAAUAAAACGGGACAUAAUAGAUAUACCAAAGAAAGGAGUGGCUGGGCUGAGGUUGGACUGUGAUGCGAACACUGUCAACCUGGCAAGAGAGAGCUCCGCUGAUGGUGCAGACAGCACUCCGACCCCGGGGGCUGCAGCUGUCCAGCCUCUAGCAUCCAUUUCUGCUAGGCCCCUGCCAUCACUGGAUGGUCAGCUGAUGAGUCCUUCAACGCCAUCACCUGAUGCAAGCAGUUCUCUAGAAAACUCUUUUGCCCACUUGCAAAUAAAUGGAGACAAUAUGGCUGAAAGGAGUCACAGGGGAGAGGGAGAAGAAGACCACGAAUCAUCCUCUUCGGGUAGGGUGCCAGCCCCUGACACCUCUGUUGAGGAGACAGAGUCGGAUGCUAGCAGCGAUAGCGAGGAUGCAUCUGCCCACCUUCAGCAACGCCUGUCCUCUGUCCAGCAGAGACACUCGAACGCAAACGCAAGCCAGACAGGAGCGGAUAGACCAGUGGCAGGGGGCGGGGGGGUGAACACAAGUGUAAGAUCUAGAAGGCCAGAUGGACAGUGCACGGUCACUGAAGUUUAAAUCUAGAGCCAUGCGAUUAAAAACUCAGUCCUCGCUCUGUAAAUUUCUUGUCCACAUUGGCAUUGCACUCAAACCUAGCGGUGUGUUUGGUGGGAGGGUGGGGUGAAGGGGGGGAACAGAUUUGGCCUGUUUAACUUAAGUCUCUUAACAUGUCUCAGCUGGAAGACUCUUAACUGUAGGAAACUGGGUUGUCCUGUUAAUGGUUUGAAAGCUGCUUAGCAAUACCCAGUUUUCUUGAAAAUGUCUUGUGUUUAUUUUGUAGCAUUUUCCCCUUGGAGAUACUCGAUCCCUUUUUGGCCAAUGUAUAUCUAUUGUACAACUUGAAUUGUCUUCAUUAUCUGACUGUUGCAUUAAGUGUCUUACUACUUUCUGCAUGGAUUGAUGUAUGAAAAGAACACUAAAGCAGGCGAGAUGUUGGGUGUGAGCAGGAUGCUUAAUUUAAUGUGAGAAAAUAGAUGUGAGUUUGGAGUUAAAAUGUGUUUUUACUAGACGAGCAAUCAUUUACCUUCCUUUAAUGGAAAUGUAAAAAUGCUGUUAACUUUUGUUGCAAAUUCUUACCUAUACACUCUUCACAGCAUUUUCACUGGCUUUGCCAUCUAGUCCUUGUAGUUUUGUUUUUGAGGUCUUUUUGAUCUGUCUUGUUUUUGUUACGGAAUUUAUAAUUUAAUAAAACUA